GUCAUCAUGGCUGAUGUCAAAGAGACAGGCGAGGAGCUCCAUUUGGAGACUCUCGGUGGAGAAACAGCCAAUAUCGAGAAUCGCGACAUCAAAGAAAAAGCCCUCGUUCGAAGAAUCGAUAAGCGAAUGAUGCCACUAAUGAUGCUUCUCUACAUCCUCAACUAUCUCGACCGCAACAACAUCGCUACCGCCCGUCUCGGUAAUUUCGAAGAAGACAUCGGUCUUGUGGCCGAGCAGUACAAUACCGUCAUCAGCAUCUUUUUUGUGGGUUACAUCCUGACUCAGGUACCCACUAACAUGAUCCUAAACAAGAUGCGACCGUCGAUCUUUUUGCCUUGUAUCAUGGUCUGCUGGGCCACUGUUAGUGCUUGCACCGGUGCUGUGCAAAGUUAUCAUGGAAUGAUAGCUUUGAGAUUCAUCCUUGGAUUUGUAGAGGCACCGUUCUUUCCUGGUGCUUUGUUCUUGUUUAGUUCAUGGUAUACCAAGAAAGAACUCGCAGUUCGUAUCUCAGUUCUGUAUGCAGCUGGUCAGAUGGCUGGUGCAUUUGGCGGUCUUCUCGGAAGUGCCAUCAUGGCUGGCAUGGAUGUGUUCUAUAACUCGACUAAGUUCCGUCUAGUCAUCAUCGAAGGGUGUGCCACUUAUCCCGCAGCCAUCGUGACAUACUUUGUCGUCCCAGACUACCCAGCAACAACAGCCUGGCUCAGCGGUGAAGAGCGCUGCAUCGCAGUUCUUCGUAUGGCCGAAGAUGCCAGCAAGGAAGAUGACAGAGCUGAUGUAUCAGCUUGGGAGGGUGCUAAAAUGGCCUUCACUGAUCCAGCGCUUUACAUGAUCUGGAUCAUGCAGCUUGGUCUCAACACAGCAGCAGCCUUUACCAACUUCUUUCCUACUAUUGUCAAGACGCUGGGUUAUAGCUCGACUAUCACUCUUCUGCUCUCUGCGCCGCCUUAUGUGUUUGCCGCAGCACUGGGUAUCACGAACUCUUGGCAUAGCGAUCGUGUGAACGAGCGAUGGCUGCAUGUUGUUUGGCCGCAGAUAUUUUGUAGCAUUGGGUUCAUCAUCUCAGCUGUGACUCUCAACACGGCUGCUCGAUACAUCUCGACCUUCAUGAUGAUGUCAGUCUACGGAUCCUUUGGUUGCAUCUUGUCUUGGGUAUCUUCGUCUUUACCACGUCCAUCGACAAAGCGCGCCAUCUCAUACGCCGUGGUUAAUGCUGGAUCCAAUCUCGCAUCUAUCUACGCAUCGUACUUCUACCCUUCCUCUCAAGGGCCACGAUAUUGGCAAGCAAACGUCGCAAACGUAGCGUUCAGUGGUCUUUGCAUUGCUAUGGCGACUAUUCUGAGAUUCUUUCUUGCUCGGAGGAACAAGAAGCUCGAGAAGGCGAGGGAGCAUGAUAUUCAGCACGAGGGUACUUUGAGUGGUAGUGAAACAAGAUUGUUGGCUGAGAAGUGGCAGUGCGGAACUGAGUAUGCUUUCACACUGUAGAUGGGCUGGCCUGGGGAAAGUAUAAAACUUUC